CGACCGUCUAAAAAUAGCCAUCGCUUCCAUCGAGGUUCGUAGACCUUUACCGUUCUUCGGACACGAUUUCCGAGCUGGUUCGAACAUGCAGUUCUCGGGAUCGAUUAAUGGGGGAUCGCGAUGCAACACGUGACAUAACGAUCCACCGUGUGUGUGUCCCUUUGUAUUAUACACGUCCCUACGUGUUUGCCGCGAUUUGAGAACACUUUUUUUCCCCGUGAAACCCCAAAGGACUCGCGACUUCGAAUCGGGACGUAAGGUGGUUUAUUGAGAGACGAACCAGGACGACACGAGGGGGAAACUGAACGUUGAGAUGCGGGCAAGAGGAUAGAGAAAAGAAGGGACUCUUUGACGACGACGCGUAGUUUGGAGGAUUGAGUCGUGGGGAAAGAUGGACACGAGACAGCCGGGUAGUGUGCCGAUAGUUCGUCUUCACGAUGGAUAAACCAGAGGCGAAGUGAAGAUGUCACAGACCGCGGAUGCUGAGAGUGAAGCAGGCUCCAUCUGCGACGAGGAACGCGUCAGGAAGCUGUUCCAAGCAUGCGACGGCGACGGAGAUGGGUUUAUUGACAGCCAGGAUCUGUUGACGGUAUGCAGGGAACUGAAUCUCGAGAACUCGGUGGAGGAGUUGAUGAGGGAAUUAGGGGCGGACGAGCACGGUCGCAUUUCCUAUCAAGAGUUCCUCAGACGGCGCUUGGCUCUACGACCGGAAAUCGAGGCGCUCAGGUCCGGCAAGCAUCGAACUAGUCCCCACCACACCCACACGCCGGAGUACCUGCCCACCAGCAGCGACAACAGUCUCGGUACCGUAUCGGGCCGGCAUGAAAGUUGGGAGUUCGACAGUGGAGCACGGGACCUCUCCCCGGAGCCUCACACCCUUCAGAAGCUAGUGGAAGCGGCCGCGGGUGGAACCGGUAAUAUGCUGGACUUGGCGAACAAGCUACACGCAGCCGCCUUGUCAUCUUUACGAUCCGAGGUGGCCGAGUUGAACUCGAGGCUGGUGGCAGCCACACGAGCCAGGGAGGCAGCCGAGGCUGCUGUAGUCAGGGCCGAGUUGCAAGCGGCGAGAGUCGAACAGAAGGCGGAUCAGCAAGCAUCAAGGCACGAGGAGAGGCUGACCGAAUUGCAUUCCGUGAUCGCCGAGUUAGGCAGGCAGCUCGAGAGGCAUCGGGCUACUGUGAUCGCUGAGGAGGAUGAGUCUGAAAUCGAAACGAGCAGAGACGCGGAGGGCUCGAUCACGAACCCGGUCGAGGAGAGCGAAGCCGGAGGGGACAUUCAGGGAGACGGGGACCGUACCUUAGGGGAUGCCGAUUCCAGCUGUUGCGAAGACAUCGAGCCUCGCGCCGUCGAGAAUGGAAGGGAACAGUUGGACAGUCCAGCGGCGUUACCAACCCCUGAACCGACGCAACAAGCGGCCUCCUGCCAAAGCGUGGCGGUGGCGGCGUUGCAGGACGAAGUCACGGCGCUCCGGGCGGAGAUCUCGAACUUGCAGGCGCAACUGGCCCAUUCUAGGAAUCAGAGGCAACAGGCUGGUAGUGAGUCGCCGCGCAGGGAACUAAGGACAACGAGAGGCAACACCAGCUCGCCGGAACCUUUGAGUGCACCUUGCUCGCCACUCUUGCCGCCCCUGCAGACACCGCCGACAAAGAGCUUAACGAGGGAGGAGGCGCCGGUUCUUAAAAUGGCCGAGAGGGUGAGACUCAGGAGGACGGACGAGAGGCACAUCACAGGACCCGAUAUUACCAACUUGGGGGUAUGCUCCACGAUGGUGGCUGAGCAUCUGGUGUCCGAUCUCCUUGAGCACUCUAACCUCCAAGAACUGAACGGAUCCGAGAAACAGUUCGAGGUUGAAACUGAGAGGCUAAACAGUAGGCUGGAACAUGCUCGAGCGAAUAACGCGGUUCUCGCGCUUACCCUGCACGAGAGUAAAGCACAAUGCGACAGAUUGAGUCUCCUGGUAGGGAAAUACGAGUCGAAUGCUACCGCCUUGCGUCUAGCUCUGUCUUACAGUGAUCGUGCGAUAGAAGCGUAUGAUGUUCUUGUGGCAUUGCUGGAAAGUGAGAUCGCCUUAUCCACGGAGAGAAAUAGCAUCACGAUCGAUAAUAGAAGGGCAGCUGAGCACGUAGCCUAUCACGUUCUAAAUAAGCUAGAGAAUGAGUGCGUGAACACACUGAACGCACCCUGGGAGGAUAGUAUAGUCUUGUCCGAUGAAUCCGAGGUGACGUGGUCUGUCGACGACGAGCAAAGACUCAGACGGCACAUCAGUCGACUGAAAGGGGACCGAGCGAUGGUCAGGUCGACUGCGGUGGAAUUGGAGAGCGUCCAUGCGGAACCUUUGAACUCAAAGAACACCAUUUCCCUCGCGGAGGCCAGGAAACUGGACCUGGAGACCGCCGUGCUCAUGCAGGAACUAAUGGCUAUGCGAGAGGACAAAGCGGAGCUACGGGCGCGGGUGUUCCUCUUGGAAAAGGAACGAGCCACCAUAGAAUUAAAGUUAAACGCGCGUGACACGCAAAUCACGGCUCAACACGCCGCCAUUGAACAUCUUCAGGGUCAGCUUAGCGAUACGGAGGCCAUGCUGGCAAUGGCUACAAAUAAAGAUCGUGGUUUAAGCGACAACGAAAGCGAGGGCAUCGAGUCCGAAUUGAUCGAGGCACUGGGUCGUGAAGCUAGACUAAAAGAACGUUUGCAGGAGUUGGUUUCGACGUUGGAUAAAGUUAACAAGAAUUCGGAGCUUAGACAUCAGCAGUCCGCUGAACUGGUGAACGAUUUGAAAAGAGCGAAUGGAGCUCUGGUGCAAACUUUAGAGAAAUCUAAAAAAAAAUACCAGUCUAGGUUAAAGAAAUUGGAACAGCAAAUGUUGGGCAUGGUCGAAAGGCAUGCUGCACAGGUGAAUACGCUGAAGCAACGGAUAGCAUUGCUUGAGGAGGAAUCAGCGGGCUACAAGAUCAGCUUACCCCUUCAGUCGCAGAGCUCGGGCGCUAGCGAGACAUCGUUAUGACAAUUCAGUGAUUAAUGGAAAUUGUUCGACAACGGUUCAAGGAACGAGUAUUUUUUACUAUCCUUCUCGAACUAAUAGAACGAUCGAAACGAAGAUGAAAUUCACGUAUUUUUUUACACGAAUAGCUGAUUGAGAAUAACGCUUGAUUAUUCGCUUUGUAAGCCC